AUGGCACGGCGUGCACGCCGUGCAAGGCACCGCGCGCGGGAGGCUGCGGCGGACGUCGGCGAGGCGGAGUUGCAUUCUCCGGCGUGGGCGCAUCAGUCCGGGCGCCGCAACCGCAUCAUGGUGGACGUCGGCGGCUCGUCCCCGGACGGAUCCAUUAUCGGUCUGAUGUCCAUCGGCACCCUUCGGGGCCAGUACAAGGGGCAUGUCAACGGGUGCACUGUCAUAUUAGAAGCGGUGGCAUCGCAGGAUCUUUGGAUAUGGGAUUCUUUCUUCGGCAUGGCACGUUCUCACAAUGAUAUCAACGUGCUGCAGCGUUCUCCAGUCUUCGCGAGGCUUGCAGAAGGCCACUCCCCACCUGUCAACUUUGAGAUCAACGACCACCAGUACAACAAGGGAUACUAUCUAGCAGAUGGUAUAUAUCCUCAGUGGUCAACUUUUGUGAAGACAAUUUCGAAAUCCCAAGAUAAGAAGAGAAAGAGAUUUGCCCAAAUGCAAGAGAGUGUUAGAAAGGAUGUGGAACAUGCUUUUGGUGUGCUUCAAUCCCGGUGGGGUAUCGUUCGAAAUCCUGCACUGUCAUGGAAUGAAAGAAAGCUUUGGGAGGUGAUGACUGCUUGUGUGAUCAUGCACAACAUGAUCGUCGAGGACGAGCGUGAUGAGAGUAUCUUCGACCAAGGAUUUGAUUAUCAAGGUGAAAAUAUUGAGCCCCUGCACCAAGACCCGGCCAUAUUUGAACAGUUUGCCCAAUUCCACCGUGAGAUGUGUGAUUGGCACACUCAUUUGAAUCUUCAAAAUGAUUUGGUUGAGCACGUGUGGGAUCAUAUUGGCAACCAAUAG